ACGCGCUCGAUUACAUCCGUGCCGGGGCCGGGGCCGGGACCGGGGCGCGAGGAAGCGAGGUGCGCGCCGCGAGUAGCUUCCUCGCCCGACGACAUCGUCCCUCUCUCCUCUCCAGAUCCUCACUGUCACUGUCUUCGUUUCUCGUCGCGAGGAGGAACGUAGCCGUGGGGAACAAGGACUUGGCGAGAAGGAACGAACGAAGCAACGAUGAUAAACGCGGCGCGCAAGUGGGCUCUGCCGUACGUGUGAGUGACAAUCAACGGAGUUUUGCGCUGUGUGACUUUUCUCGGGAUAGGAGACUGAGACAGUAGUAGUAGUCUCGAAAAACGGAGCGGAUCGAGAAUAGACGGACAUUGAAACGGGUGGGAUAGAACGGCACGAGCGUGCGAGAGAAAAGGAAAGAGAGAGAAACGGCACCUCGCAGCCGUGCUGGACGACAACGACGACUAACUGGUACAAUUGACAGGGAAGAUGGCGCGAGUCGCGGACGAGGAUCGCUGCUGACCCAUUUUUUUUCCGACGCGCCAAAUCUCCGGGUGUCGGGAGCCUCUCGCCGAAGGACGACGGAGGAGGAGAAAUCUCACCCUCGCCCCUUCCCCUCUCACUCACGGGCGAGCACCGUUUGCGGAGUGUGGUGACAUUCGCCGGGAGAAAUAUAGUCGGCGACAGCAGGGAAGGCAGACGUAGGAGAGUGUAAGAGAAAGAGAGAACGUACUCUGGAGUUGCGCCGGGAGGGUGCCCUCUCGCGCCGCGCUCGCGCGCGCGCUUCUCCUCCUGCGUGUAUGUGUGUGUAACCCGUUUUUGUACCGUGUGAUAAUCGCGCGAGUGUGCGUGGCCUGUCCUCUAUCUUUCUUCUUCGUGUAUGAUCUGUCUCAUUUCCAGCGUGUCGCGAGGUCGUCGUCGCGUUCCUCGCGAAAGUCUCCUCGAAGGACUUGGUUCGGGUACAAGGACAUAACGCGACGCGAGAAUCCGUCGUUAUCGUCGUUACCGUUGACACGAAGCUCUUCGUCUAGUUGCCGAGGUGCGACCAAUCGACAUCUGGCCACCAGCAGCCCGCGGUAGAAGGUGGCAAAAAUUCUGAGGAAACCGGAGCUCGGCAGAGCCCUGGCAGGCUCGGCGGACACGGACGUACGCCGACGAAGACGUAGCAGUCCUCUGGAUUAUCUCGAGCCCCGUAGAGCUGCCCUGGCAGGCUCGGGCACCAGCGCGGCUAAAAUGGGCAACAAUGCCGCGACUGCUAACAAGAAGGUCGAUGCCGCCGAGAGCGUCAAGGAAUUCCUCGAUAAGGCGAAGAAAGAAUUCGAGGACAAAUGGAAGAAGAAUCCAACCAACACCGCUGCUUUGGACGACUUUGAGCGCAUCAAGACUUUGGGCACCGGUUCGUUUGGCCGCGUGAUGAUCGUCCAGCACAAACCCACCAAGGAGUAUUACGCCAUGAAGAUACUCGACAAGCAGAAGGUCGUCAAGUUGAAGCAGGUGGAGCACACGCUCAACGAGAAGAGGAUACUGCAAGCGAUCAGUUUCCCGUUUCUCGUAUCGUUGCGCUUCCACUUCAAGGAUAACUCUUACCUGUAUAUGGUGCUGGAGUAUGUGCCCGGUGGCGAGAUGUUCAGCCACCUGCGCAAGGUCGGCCGCUUCUCUGAACCGCACUCGCGUUUUUACGCGGCUCAGAUUGUACUCGCAUUUGAGUACCUACACUACCUCGAUCUCAUCUAUCGGGAUCUGAAGCCGGAGAAUCUGUUGAUCGACUCACAAGGUUACCUCAAGGUCACCGACUUUGGCUUCGCCAAGAGGGUACAGGGUCGGACGUGGACCCUGUGUGGCACGCCAGAAUAUCUGGCGCCCGAGAUUAUCCUCAGCAAGGGCUACAACAAGGCGGUGGAUUGGUGGGCGCUGGGCGUUUUGGUUUACGAGAUGGCCGCAGGAUAUCCUCCAUUCUUCGCCGAUCAACCUAUCCAAAUCUACGAGAAGAUCGUGAGCGGCAAGCCACGCUUUCCCUCGCACUUUGGUUCCGACCUGAAGGAUCUGCUGCGCAACCUGCUGCAGGUUGACCUUACCAAGAGGUACGGCAAUCUCAAAGCGGGCGUGAACGACAUCAAGGGCCACAAGUGGUUCGCCAGCACUGACUGGAUAGCCGUCUUCCAGAAGCGAAUAGAGGCGCCUUUCAUACCGCGCUGCAAGGGACCAGGCGACACCAGCAAUUUCGAUGAUUAUGAGGAGGAAACCCUGAGAAUCUCGCUGACGGAGAAGUGCGCCAAGGAGUUCGCCGAGUUUUGAACGCGGCGCCGGCUCGGCAAGUUGUUCGUAACAGAAGGUGGAUACGUACGUCGUGUACACGUCGUCGUAGUCGCGCCUCGUCGUCGGGCCAAAGUGGCGCGGCGCUUCUUCGUCGUCGGUGUCGUCACCACGUUGGUGAUUCGCUUUUUUCGAGAGAGAGAGUAAGAGAGCGUGAGAGAGAAAGGCGAGAAAGAGAGAAGGAUGUAUAUGUGUGCCGGCGCGCGCGAGCGCAUUCUCGUGUAAUCGAAGCUUUCGACAACGCGAAACGGAGAUUUUCGGGACGAAGUUUAUCGCGUAAGCGAAACUGGUAGGAAGGAUGUGUUAUCCAAGAGAGAAAGGAAGAGAGAGAGAGAGAGAGAGAGAGAGAAAGAGGGAGAGAGAAAAAAAGGAUAUACGAAACGGCGCGUGGUAAUUCGGAUGUUUUGUUGCGUUUCGCGGAUGAAAUAACUAAAGAGAAGGAAAAGAGAAACGGGAAAUACGAAUGAUAAGAGACGUUUAUACGCCGGCGCGUUGAGCAUUCAAAAAUUAUAGAUACACAUAAUUCUCGGUUGUUACGUAUGUGUGUAGUAGACGUCAUACGCCAGCAUCACUUUUUACAUGGAGAAAUCUGUUUUUUUAGCCGGUCAAUCGAUUCAUUAACGUAAUAACGGCUGUAUAAUAUAUAUGUGUGUGUGUCCCUUUAGUACCUUCAUAUCUCCCUACUCCUCCCCUCUCCCCUUCCUUCCCACACUUCCCGUUCCCCUUAUCCAUUCGAGAUAGCUUUAUGAUCCGGUUUAUAGAGAGAGAGAGCCACGUGUAAAGUUUAUUCCUAAUGAUUAACUAGUAGUAUCGGAAAUGUCACCGUACCGAAGUUACCUUGUACAUAUAGUCUCUCGUUGUCUUUUCGAACGACGUUCCCUCCUUCCCUCCGUUCCCUGCCUCACAAGCGUAGCGUCUUUCUCUCCUCCGAUGUUUCCUCCAAACCUUCGAUAGCCCCUCCUCCACUCGUCCAUUCCGUUUAUCCUCGCAUUACACACAUGAAUCAAGAGAGAGGUACCGUACUGUGAAACGAGUCAUAUCGUGCAUCGUUCGUUGUCUACUAUUUGUCUCUAUCCUCUUUAUUCGUUGUGAGUGAGAGAAAGAGAACGAAUGAGAGAGAAAGGAAGAGAGAAAGAGAGUACGAUCUGCGUAUUCCCCGUGAGUACGAUUCAUAUUUAUAUUACUAGUCGUCACACACAACAUACAUAUACACACACACACACACACACACACAAUAAUUAUGAGAUAAUUUAUAUAUGAAACACGUUUUUCUCAUCGAUCGCGCCGAUGACGGGCCAAUUGGAGGAGACGGUAUAUAGUUUCUUUAUAUUCGCGAUAAAAAAAAAUUCACUUGUCACGUGAGAAAUAUUCCUAUAUAUAUAUAUAUACGCAAGCAAAUCGGAUAUAUCCACCAUUGCAGUAAUUUUGCAUCCGCACGCGAUCAACUUCCGAUUAUUACAGUUUCCCUUGCAUAGCAUUUCAUUCGCGAUGUAUUAUUAUUUGCAUUAUCUUGGAAGAUUAAAUGUUUAAUUCUCUAAGAUAAAUGUGCAAACGUACAGAGAUACUAACCAUCUCGAAUCAUUGUAUACGAAAGAAAGAGAAUCCCCCUCAGUAAUGAUAUAUUCUAGUUACUAUUGGCAUAAGAAUAUCAAUAUUGGAAGAAACGAGGAGCUAUCAAGAGCUGUAAACAGUUUAAAUCGCGCUAACAGCUUCCUCGUAAAUGCGAUUUUUAAUGUGUACGCGAGCGUAAUCGUCGAUGUUGUCGUGAGAUUUAAAUCUUUCUCUAAAUCUUACUAUCAUCUUUGAACUUAAAGACUCGCGUUAACCGCUCGCGUAAAGCAAAAGGGAAACACAAGUAUAAUUGUGAUUAGCAAUCUUGACGACAUAAACGUUAUAUCGGCAGAAAAAUGAAGCGCACAAUGUAGGACACGAUAAAAAGUACUGAAAAUCGAUGGCGAAUUAAUAAGCAUCGCAGAUGCUAACGAAGCGUGUCGACGAUAAAGAUUACUCGAUUGGAAGCUAAUGGCAACGGUGGCCGCGAUUACACGAUCGAAGAUUGUAUUAGCCACGCGCGAACGAUCAUCUCUUUUUAUCUCGGGGAAGAUCGAGAUGACGCAAAAUACACUUUCGCGCGUUGACGUCAAUGUCGAUGCACGAAGUUUCGUUAAUGAGUAAAACGAUCGUUCGGAAUUGGAUUGGGCACACGCCAGCGCGACGUGGCCGGCCGAGGAGGAGAAUCGAUUCAGCGGCGAUGGGUUAACACGCGCGCGGACAAUGCGGAGAAAAUGCGGCACGUAAGUGCGACGACGUUACGAAACUUUUAGCAUUAUAUCCUUUUAGCAUUCGCGAUAAGUCGAGUACGAGCUUGGUGGUAUCGCGCGUCUAAUAUUAAUCUGACAAUGAGAUUUCAGAGCUUCCCGUUCACAAGUCGAACGAACUCCCGAUUCUAGUUGACGAUUGAGACGCAUCGUAUCGGACUUCUGCAUUAUAUCAAAAAAUGAAAUCUCGUGAAUAUCGUACGGGAAUAAAUUAUUCAAUUAUAUAUGAGUAGUAAGUUUUGAAAAUUUGCAUCGCAUUCUCAAUAUAUUUUGAUGUUGAUGUCGCUGGUAUUUUUCUGCGCGUUAUAAACGCAGACAGAAUUUUAUCAGGAAAUCAUUACAUUACGAUCGCGAGCAAUCAGCUGAUUGACGAAGGAGGAUCAUCGCGAGCUUCUGCAAUAUCC